CGCGCGGGGAGAGUGGGUUCCACUGCGAGGGAAGGAGUGACCGGGACACCGAGGAUGGACGCGCAGACCUGGCGCGUGGGCUCUCGCUGUCUCCUCCUGCUGGCUCUCGUGGGGUCUAUCCGAAGCGAGGGCGUGCAGAGCUGCGAAGAAGUUCGGAAACUUUUCCAGGGGCGCCUGGUGGGACCUGUCAAGGGGCUGCCGGAUUCGCCGCGGGCAGGGCCUGACCUUCAGGUUUGCACAGCCAAAAAACCUACAUGUUGCACCAGGAAGAUGGAGGAGAGAUACCAAGUCGUGGCUCGCCAGGAUAUGCAGCAGGUGCUUCAAACAUCCAGCUCUACAUUAAAGUUUUUGAUAUCUCGAAAUGCAGCUGCCUUUCAAGAAACCCUCGAAACUCUCAUCAGACAAGCAGAAAAUUACACCAGCAUACUUUUCUGCAACACCUACAGGAACAUGGCCCUAGAGGCCGCUGCUUCCACCCAGGAGCUCUUCACCGAUGUAGGGCUCUAUUUAUUUGGUGCGGAUGUUAAUCCUGAAGAAUUUGUCAACAGAUUCUUUGACAGUCUUUUCCCGCUGGUCUAUAAUCAUCUCAUUAACCCUGGUGUGACUGACAGUUCCCUGGAAUACUCAGAAUGCAUCCGGACGGCCCGCCGGGACAUUAGCCCAUUUGGUAAUAUUCCCAAAAGAGUGCUGGGACAGAUGGGGCGGUCGCUGCUGCCCAGUCGCACGUUUCUGCAGGCGCUGAACCUGGGCAUUGAAGUCAUCAAUACCACAGACCAUCUGCACUUCUCCAAAGAGUGUGGCAGAGCCCUGCUGAGAAUGCAGUACUGCCCACACUGCCAAGGCCUGGCUCUCACUAAGCCUUGCAUGGGGUACUGCCUCAACGUCGUGAGAGGCUGCUUGGCACAUGUGGCAGAGCUUAACCCACACUGGCAUGUGUACAUCCGGUCACUGGAAGAGCUGUCGGAUGCCAUGCGUGGGACCUAUGACAUUGAACACGUGCUUCUGAACUUCCACCUGCUCGUUAAUGAUGCUGUGAUGCAGGCUCACCUUAAUGGACAGAAGUUAUCAGAACAGGUAAAUAAGAUUUGUGGCCGUCCAGUCAGAACACCCACACAAAGCCCCCGUUGUUCUUUUGAUGGAAGCAAAGAGAAGCAUGGAAUGAAGAUCUCUAUAAGAAACGGUGAAGAGACACUUGCCAACAGAAGAAAAGAAUUUAUCAACAGCCUUCGACUGUACAGGACAUUCUAUGGGGGCCUGGCUGAUCAGCUUUGUGCCAAUGAAUUAGAGGCUGCUGAUGGACUACCAUGCUGGAAUGGAGAAGACAUAGUAAAAAGCUAUACUCAGCGUGUCAUUGGAAAUGGAAUCAAAGCCCAAUCUGGAAAUCCUGAAGUCAAAGUCAAAGGAAUCGAUCCUGUGAUAAAUCAGAUUAUUGAUAAACUGAGGCACGUUAUUCAGUUGUUACAGGGUAGGUCACCCAAACCCACCAAGUGGGAACUUCACAUGGGCAGUGGUGGCGGCAUGGUUGAACAGGUCAGCGGGGACUGUGAUGAUGAAGAUGGUUGUGGGGGUUCAGGAAGUGGAGAAGUCAAGAGGACACUAAAAAUCACAGACUGGAUGCCAGAGGAGAUGAACCUCAGUGACGUGAAGCAAAUCCAUCAAACAGACGGUGGUAGUACUUUAGACACAACCGGAGCAGGAUGUACGGCCGCAACUGAAACUAUGUCACUGACUCUGAUGGGUGUAGUGAUGUUAUUUCCGGGGCUUUGGUAACAGCUCUUCUGCCCUGACACACAUGUCUUAGUGGAGUCUUGAUUUCUCCCUUCUUUUGCUCUGAGUGGAAUAAGGUAUCUUUUCAAACGUAACAAUUAUAUUUAUGAGAAGGUACUAACUUCUUGGAAGCCAAGUUGGCAUGUUGACAAAGUACCUAAAAAUCAACGUUUACAUGAUAGACCAUUUGAAAACAUGUCUCUUUGAAUCUAAAAUAUGAAUCUAAUUUAAAUGUUCUUAAAUGCUAACAUGUUAAACCUGCAAAUGUGAAGAGCACGGAAGUGACUUUGAAUGAGAUUGUAAUUUUAUUAUUCUCAAUUCCAACUUCUUCCUUUUUAAAAGUAAAAAAUGUUUUCAAUUGAAGGUGUAUUUGCAGGAUGAUGAAAAUAAUACAUAGCUUUUCUUAAGAUACUGGAAUCAGAAUUUCAUUAACUGAAUCAGAAACAAACAAUGGCAAGUAGUAUGCAUGCAUUUUCAAGAUAUUCUUCCAUUUUUAUAAGCUACAGAAAGAAAUGACUGAAAGCCUAUAAAUUAUAGAGUAGAUUGCAAGGAGCAUUUCACAUAAUUUCAUUGAAGAUGCUUGAUAAUUUUUAUCCACUGUAACUAAGCCACUGACAAACGUAAAGCUGAGUAUUUUGAUAGCAUCUGAUUUGUAUCCCAUUAUAUACAAAAUGCAUCCUUGGUAUUGUGACUCUGUUCCCUCCUAUCUCUCUGCCUCCUAAUGGAUUUAUCUAUGUUGCAAAGCACAUGCCUGCUCUAGGAAUAUCUCUAAUAAAGCUGUUAAUUAUUUGGUGGAAAA